AUAAACCACUCAACGGACGGCGCAGAGGACAAAGAAAAAGGGAUCAAGCCACCCUCCAAAACGGUAUCGUUUGGACCAUCACUGCACCGUUCGCCCUAUACCUAGCGGACCAAACUCUCCGGCGAAGCUCAGCGCGGGUUCGAUCGGAGGAAGCGAAGAUGUUGGGGAUUGUGAGUCGGAAGGUUUUGGGGCAGUCGUUGGGGAGGAUUAGGCCUGCGGUGUCGGCAUUGAGGAACUACUCGUCUGCGGAAAAACAGAUGACAGUGAGGGAUGCUCUAAACUCUGCACUUGAUGAGGAAAUGUCCGCAGAUCCUAAAGUCUUUUUGAUGGGUGAAGAGGUUGGGGAAUACCAAGGUGCAUACAAGAUUUCUAAAGGGCUUUUGGAGAAAUACGGCCCUGAGAGGGUUCUGGAUACCCCAAUCACAGAGGCUGGGUUUACUGGGAUUGGAGUUGGUGCUGCUUACUAUGGUCUUAAGCCUGUUGUAGAGUUCAUGACAUUUAAUUUCUCUAUGCAGGCAAUUGACCACAUCAUUAAUUCUGCCGCAAAAUCAAACUACAUGUCCGCUGGUCAGAUAUCCGUACCUAUUGUUUUUAGAGGACCAAAUGGUGCUGCGGCUGGAGUUGGUGCCCAGCACUCCCAGUGUUAUGCAGCCUGGUAUGGCUCCUGCCCUGGGUUGAAAGUGCUGUCCCCAUAUUCAUCUGAGGAUGCCCGUGGAUUGCUAAAAGCUGCUAUAAGAGACCCUGAUCCUGUUAUUUUCCUUGAAAAUGAGUUGCUGUAUGGUGAAUCUUUCCCUGUCUCAGCAGAAGUUCUUGAUUCCAGUUUUUGCCUCCCAAUAGGGAAAGCCAAGAUUGAGAGAGAAGGAAGGGAUGUGACUAUCACAGCUUUCUCAAAAAUGGUGGGCUUUGCACUCAAGGCUGCUGAUAUUCUUGCAAAGGAUGGAAUCAGUGCUGAGAUUAUAAAUCUGCGUUCAAUUAGGCCCCUGGACACACCCACGAUCAAUGCCUCAGUCAGGAAAACUAACAGACUUGUAACCGUUGAAGAAGGGUUCCCUCAGCAUGGUGUUGGGGCUGAGAUCUGCAUGGCUGUUGUUGAGGAGAGCUUUGGUUAUCUUGAUGCACCAGUGGAAAGGAUCGCUGGGGCUGAUGUUCCCAUGCCUUAUGCUGCUAAUCUCGAGAGAAUGGCUGUCCCACAGAUUGAAGAUAUCGUCCGAGCUGCAAAGAGAGCAUGCUACAGAUCCACUGCAAUGGCUGCAACUGCUUGACAUCUUCCAAUAUUAGUUCAGAUACAAACUCUAGGGAAACAAUGGGGCUAUAUAAAAUUUUUCCCUUUCUCAUCAGGUAGGAAGGAAAUGGUUGUUAAAUAACUUCGAGAAACACUGGACAGAGGCGGGAAUUUUAGGACUCUUGUUUUGGUUUUUGUUAAUACAGCAACCAACAUGAAUCCUCUUUGGGCAGCUGUAAAUCUCAACUUCCUCUUUUGGGUCUUCUGGAAAGGCCCCCCCACCCCACCUUGCUACUGUUGAUUUGUUUGUCUUCCAAUAAAGUUUUGUUCAAUUUGAUGAACAACUCAUUCAAAUGAUGAAAUGGUUAUUUUUUCUCCCUUUAUUUCACGAAAAAUGCUCUUUGAAUUUGGCUUUUUGGAAGCCGAGAAGGUGGUUUUUAAAA